GUAAAGCCUUCCUUGGGGUCAAUAUGGGUUUCCUUAUCAAGAACUUGCCUCUCAAAGAUAUUUGCUGUGGUGAUAUGACUGGUGAUAGCAAAAAUGACCUAUGGAUGGAAGCAGCUGACUUCACAGCUCAGUCUGGUAAUACUUUUCCUUACCAUUUGGUGAUACCUUUUUGUGGUCGAGAUGAGUGAGUCAGCACCUCAAGAGGAACCUAAACGUGCUCAGGAAAAUGGAAAAGAAGACAAAGAAAGGAACCAGGAAGGAAGUGAGGCAGAAGAGCCUAUUCAGUAUUCACAGAGUAUGUCAGACAGUUCGGCAGUAGGCACCUGCAGUAAUGUGACAGGAGCAGCAGCAAACAAAAAAUCCCAAGAUUUAAACCUGGAGAACCAGCCAAAACUCUCAACUCGUUCAGAAAAGGAGUCUAAAACUAGAGUCUCAAAGAAUGUUGUUUUUAGAAAACCUGCAAAAGUGAUUUUCAAUUUAGAUCAAACUGCACAGGACUCAAACCUGGAACAACCAUGGAAGAAAAAUCUUUUAGAAAGAGUUCAGGCAAGAGCCCAGGCAAUGCAUCAGAAAAUCAUAGAUAAGGAAAAUCUGAAGAAGGAAGUAGAAAAAAAGGCUGAAGAAAAACUCCCCAGGGAUAAUUUGGCCAAAGAGUGGUUUAAUACCGAAAACAUGGCACUGAGCACUCGUGCGUAUUUGCUCGACAAACUGCUACCCACCUUAGUUCCUGGAAUGGAAAGAAUGUUAAUGCAAGUGGAAAAGAAGAAGCUUUUGGCAGGUGUUGAUAUUCCCACCAAGUUUGAUCCAAUUAACCAUUUGGGAGAAUACUUAAUGAGAAACAACCCUAAAUAUAUCAAAGAUUCAGGACUGUCUGGUUAUCAGAGGGUGAUGAGAGAUAUCUCAGAAGACCUGAAGAUAUAUGUUCCGAACACUACUUACAACAGAGUAUCCAAGAUAAAGGAGAAUAUUAAACAGAAACGAGAACAAAAAGAAUACAUAAACGAUGUCAAAGCCAAGGUGGCCAACGCACGGAAACAGGCUCUACAGGAGCAGUUCAAUGAGUGGAUUCUAGACCCCAAAGGAAUGAUUCCGAUGGUCGUGAUUCAGAACGUUCUUCAUGAAUUUUUUCGAAAUCCAGAUUUGCAGCUUGAAACAUGCUGCCUACCAGUAGAUAUUGCUGACUCAACGAAACCAAGAUUGAACAAAACAGAAUUUACACAACUCGUCUCUUUGCACAUUGCAGGCUUUAAAAGUGAAACGUUUGAGAAGCUCCUUAAGCACCUUUGCCAUUGUGCGGACGAAUUCAGGGAAAUCAUAAAAACUGACAUGCGGAGACAGAUGUUUGCUGAACUCUUCCUGCAUUGUGACCGUGGGAAGGUAGGGUUUUUGGAUCGUCAGAGGACAUUGGCCUUGCUGGAAACAUUCUAUGACCAAAGUUCAAAAGUGCUCAGAGGUAUACUCCGAAAUCCAAGACAAUGGCCAUUUGUUGAAUUUGGAGAGAUAGACUUACCUGAGUUCUGGGGAGACAUGGAUAAUCAGAAACACAUUUAUGAAGACUUUGACAAUGUUCUCUUAGAGACGGAUACAUUACCUUCUGAAAAACAUGUUAGCAAAACCCAAAGUAAAUUAUCAGCAAGCUCAGAAGAUCAACAUGAACACUAUAGAGAAUCAUCACUACCACAAAGCCCACCAGAACAGCAGAGAGGGGCAACUGUGGAACAAGGACCAAAUGGAAUUUCAACCAGAGAACAAGAACAACCUGAAGAGUCAACUGGAGAACAAGAACUGAACGAAGAAUCAGUAUCAAAAAAAGGAACCUACACAGGGUCAACUCCAGAACAAAGACCAAGUAGAGAGUUAAUAACAGAACAAAGACCACAUCACGAGCCAAUAACAGAACAAGGAGUACCACAAGGAACCCACAUCGAGUCAACAGCAGAACAAGGACUUCCCGAAGAAUCAAUUACAACAGAAGGACAGCAUGAAGGGUCAACAACAGGACAAGGAUCACACGGAAAGUCAACUGAGGAACAGGGAUCACUCAGAGAGUCACAAUCAGAUCUUGAGCAACCCGGAGAGAUAAUGGCAGGACAGGAAGCACACAGAGAAUCACAGUCAGAUCAAGGACCACACAGAGGGUCAACUGCAGAGCCACAAUCACCCAGAGAAACAAUUCCCGAAGAACAACAGGACACAGACUUCACUUCACAACUGAGUAAAGGUAGUAUUGUAGGAGAAAGUAAAACAUCCAGGGAAUCUAUUUCCUUUGAGCAUACUGAAAUCCCUCCACAGGAAGAAAGGACUCAAGGACAACCAUACGAAGAGCUACUCUUCAUAAGUCCUGAACUGCAAGAGAAAACUGGAGUAUCAAGCCCAGAAGAUCAUCUUUCAGAACCUGCUAAAAAGGAAGUUGAGAAAGACAAAUCCUGUGAACCCAAGUCCCAAAAAAUAGAAGGAAAGUCAUGGACAGGUGAACUUCUGACUUGUAACUGGAACAUGCAGUAUGCCAAACAUGAAGAUGAGGAACAGGCAAAUUUAAUCUAUGGUAACUCGAGGUUCGCAGACCUGCACUCAAUUAUCAGAAACAUUCAGUCUUACAAGGAAACAAAGGGUAGGAGUGCCUUCAACGGAGUUUCCUUCAACCUACUCCAGUUUGUGCAGCUCCUGGAGACAUUUGUUGGUGAAGAUUCCCCCUUGAGUGUCAGUGAAGCCCUCACCUCCUUUUUUAAGAAGGGCUUUGUUGAAACCAAAGAAGAGAAAAUGAGUGGCUUAGAAAAGGCUAGACAAAAUGCUUCUCAAAUCCAACGGGAACUUCUCCUAAAAGCCCUCUUUCAGAAGUGGGACAGCGAUGGCUCAGGCUUUCUGGAUCUGAAGGAGGUUGAUGAACUCUUGUACACAUACAAGGAAGGAAUGGAAAAGGAAUCUAUGAAGAAAGCUAAACUGCAUGUCCAAUUUCCAAAGCUACACCCUGGGCACGAAGUGAGGUUGUCUUGCAAACAGUUUCAGAAAUACAUAGAAUUGGUUGUCUCUGAACUCAGGGGCAAUGAAGAAGAAGUUCUGGAAAGCGUUGUGGAGUUUCUGAUGAACUCUUUAGAAAGGAGCCAUGUUGAGAGUCUGAGGAAUUGUGCCAGACAAAAGUGGCUGCACCAAAUCCAGCGUGCUGCAGAGACAAGUGGUGUGUCCUUGGAACCAGUGUACACCGAGACCUUUAAGGCCCUCACCCAGGAUGCUGAAGCCCAUGGAAAUAAGAAGAUCAGUGCUCACAUUUCCCUCUUAGAAGAAAACCUACUUCUGCCUGAUAGAGGGAAUGUUCUAUUGAGGAAUGUAGCUUGUACUUUAGAUGAUGCUCCGUUUGUUCUGAAAAGAGUGCUCUACAGGGACAUGAAGGGGAUCAGCUUUACAGUAGUGGAUGAAGGGAAGCCAAUACACGUCCCCCAAGUUCAGCACCAUGGGAACAUCUACUUCUGGAACCAUUCCCGCAAGAAGAGCGAUCACAGUGGGUCAUUCCUGGCUCUGCCCCUUCAGGACGCAUAUAUGAGGAUAUUCGGGGUCUUGGCUGUUGACACUCUAAGAGAUCCCCAGAAAAUUAACAUCUUCCUACCCCAUGAGAUCAGAUUCUAUCAGGGUGUUGCCAAUGUCUUUAGUACUGCCUAUCACUAUGUCCACAGCCGGGAGCACAUCCUUCAUAUUGUGAUCACUGGCAUCGGCUGGCUCUACAACAUCACACCCAGCAUCACUGCCAUCUCUACGUACUUUGUUGAGCCCAACUCAGAGAAGGAUUCAGACUAUGUUUUACGAAAUAUGAUGGUCACAGGGCUGCAGGGUCUAACAGAAAUCCACAAGAAUCCCCCUGUCGUCUUUAGGAAGACAUGCAUCUUCAGAGAUUUCCUCUUUAAGUGCACAGACAGCUCAGAAGUUGUUUUGGCCUCUGUCUGUGGAGAAAACCACAUCGUAGUUCCACUUCGUGAGAGAACAGGAGAAGCUUUGGGAGUUCUCGAUGUUAACAUUGGCAAGAGGAAGAUGUUGUUGUAUCGAGAGUUUAAAGACCUACAGAAAAUGCUGAAGGUGAUUCAGCUUGCCUGCAGUGAAAUACUGGGCGAAUUAUCUGGAGAAAUAAAGAAAAACUACAUGCUAGAGAUUGAAAAUGUGGGAGAAGUCCAGCGGGCAGGCAUUCUCUUCUUCAGAGUCAUGCUACGGGAGCUACAGGAGUGCCUCGGGCUACUUACAUCCUCAGACUUUGUGUCGCUGUUACUGUAUGAUUAUGACCCUCUGGCAGAGGACGAAGCCCCACCAGACAGCCAAUCCCAGGAUCUGAAAGCCAACAUAAAAUUAGUACAAGACAUCCUGAAAGCAAUUAUCGUGUUCUUUCAUCCAAAAUUGCAAUCAAGUGACUUAGAAAGUUGGGAUUGCUGUAAACUGUAUGUAAACCAACAGUUAGUCGAAAAUAUUUGUGACUUUGAUCCAACUGCUAUGGAACUGGAAGUUAAUUUAGAGCUCAUUGUUGAAUACGUUGAAGAUCAUUCUCGAAUCGAAGUAUGGAAAUUUGGUAAUGCUGCCAUCGAAUACUUAUACCACUGGGCACACAUCUGUUUAGCUCUCAUAAAGCUGAACAAAAAAAUAAGUGGUGCUAUUAUUUCACCCCCAUUGCCAUCCAAGACUGACUCCUAUGUGUAUGCAAAAAUGCCAGAGGGAAGCUUGCCAGGAAAAUGAUAAUGGAAUUGCUACUGUAUUUAGGGUAUUUUUGUCAUGUUCAGUUUUGCUUGUUAACUAUAAAAAUAUUUUCAAUUGGAG